GGCUGGCACUUUUCCAGCUCCCAACUUUGCUACGUGUCAAUAUUGCUAAGUGGAAGCUUGUCGAUAAAGCAACCGCAACCUUAGGCGCAAUGCCGAACCGACAGCCAAUCUUUAACUUCUAAGCUAAAGUUACGAACUUUUGAUCAGUUGGGUUAGGUUUGUUUACUUUGUUGUGUUGUAUUUAAUGUUUCUAUGUUCAGUUAACGCUGGAACUUGGAGAAGAGUUUUCGUCAGGGUAUAGGAGAGAUGGCUAGUUUGCCUGUUGCUUGUGCUCUUCCAUCAAAGCUUAAACCUUCUGUCUUUGUUUCUAAAGCAUCAUCCAAGAAAAGAAACAAAUCUGUUGCUCCUGUGGCAAGAUUAAUUGGACCAGCUGUUUUUGAGGCUUCAAAGCUCAAGGUUUUGUCUCUGGGUGUGGAUGAAAGGAGGCAUCCUGGUUCCUGGCCAAGAACUUACACGCUUACUCACAGUGAUAUAACCUCAAAGCUUACUUUGGCCAUCUCACAAACCAUAAACAAUUCUCAGCUGGAGGGUUGGUAUAACAGAUUACAAAGAGAUGAAGUAGUGGCAGAGUGGAGGAAAGUGAAGGGGAAGAUGACUCUUCAGGUUCACUGUCACAUAAGCGGAGGACAUUUUUUAUUAGGCUUAUGUGCUAGACUUAGAUUCUUCAUCUUCUACAAAGAACUCCCAGUGGUGCUGAAGGCUUUUGUUCAUGGGGAUGGUAAUUUGUUGAAUAACUAUCCGGAGUUGCAGGAGGCUUUGGUUUGGGUUUAUUUUCAUUCAAACAUUCCAGAAUUCAAUAGAGUUGAAAGCUGGGGGCCUCUCCAGAAAGCUGUCGGACGAUCUAGUGCGGAUGGUGGGACUAACCGGGAAAGUUCUAUAAGCAACUGGGAAUUACCAGAGCCGUGUCAAGGGACCUGCAAUUGUUGCUUUCCACCGAUGAGCUCAAUCCCAUGGUCACAAAAGCUUCCCCAUGAAAAUGAAAACCAUGGGACUCAAGAAAGCUUCCAACAACAAAUCUGAUCAACAUGAAAUGGUUUAGGUUAUUGUCAUGUGUUUGUGAUGUGUUAUUUGUAAUCUAAAAAGUAUAUACAAGCCCAAAGUCUCGAAACUCCCGAAACUAAAAUGUGGCCUAAUUUAAUUCUUUACCAAGCUUGAUCUAUGCGACUGACUCUCAGGGGGACUCGAAUACUUAUGAUUACGGUGGAAUGUACAGUAACAACCUAGCGCUAUUAUCAAAUAUAUAUGUUAAAUGUUGUUGACAAA